AUGCACGCCCCUUGGGAGAAUUUCGACAUGCCACCUGCUUCCCACGGCGAGAACCACCCUAAUCAGCGCGGCGAGCACUACAACAAGGGCUACCGUCGAGGAUCAGGGCAGACUCACCAUGGACGAUUCCAAAAAGACACCAGAGCCCACAACAACAACAACAACAACCGCAACGACCGCAACCAGCCAUGGCAGUCGAUCCGCGCCAUCGAACUGGGACUCUGGCCCCGGCCCUUCGGCGAGAUCCACUCCGAGCGCGCCUACCUCCUCGACAAGCUGCAGGAGCACGACAGCGAGGCCCGCGAGCUGUUCGGCCGCCUCCCCACCGUCGAGGAGCACAUCAGCUGGAGCGUCAACGUGCCGGACGAGCUGAAGAAGGCGCGAAAGCACCGCGGGUGGCUGAAGCAGCGCAUCAAGGAUACGGUGGAGGAGGAGAGGAAAGUGAUGGCGCGGUUGGGCGAGAUCCAUGUCGAGCUUCAGUGUCGGGAGCGAUGGUGUCAGGUCGAGAGGGAGAGGGAGCUCAGGAGCUUGAGAGCGUGUUCUCUUGGAUGUUGUUCGAAUCGUCCAACACCGCCACCGCCGCCGCCGCCGCCUGCGUAUCCUACACCUCCGCCUGCACUUUCGUUCGCUGCAACUCCGCCCUGGCUGCCUCGAGCGACAUACCCCCAGACGGCUGCUAUCCGUACUUAUUGCCCUUGUGGAUGUGGCGGACCGUAUCAAUAUUCGCAGGAGUACCUGCCUCUAGCCGUGGAAGUUGUCCCCGUCAAUAAUCAAGAGCCCCGACCAUACACGCAACCUCAGAAUGGUGGAGACAUUCGGCCGCUGCGUGAGAAGAUCUGGGUCAUAGAAGAGAGAUCAGUCGAUGGAAAGGCGCCGAGUACUACCCCUCGCACGGGAGACCUGCCUUGCGAGGGUGAACUAUUCGAAUCGAGACCAUUGAGGAAGCUCAAGAGCUUGCCUUCGCUGCGCUACACUUGGGCGGAGGAACAUGAUGGCAGGGAUGAUGCGGUUCACAGAUGCUUGGGCCUAUGCUCGCCGGACUAA